GAGGAGUCCCCGUAGCCGUGGGGAUGAGGAGGUUCCUGUAGGGUUCGGAGCCGAAGACAUUGUCGUCAGGUUUGGGGCGCGAGGAGGUUCCUGACAGUUUAGGAGGCGUGAAGCGAUAUUCUCCCAACGUACGUGUCGCCACGGUCCACAUCUUUUGACACUCCGAACCUGGCCCACCGCAGAACACUCCAAGGCCGGGCGAAGAUGGCCUCUGUACCUGUGUAUUGCCUCUGCCGGCUGCCUUAUGAUGUGACCCGCUUCAUGAUCGAGUGUGAUUUGUGCCAAGAUUGGUUUCAUGGCAGUUGUGUUGGUGUUGAAGAGGAGAAGGCUGCUGAUAUUGACCUGUACCACUGCCCCAACUGCGAGGUCUUGCAUGGGCCCUCUGUUAUGAAAAAACGCCGUGGAUCUUCAAAAGGCCAUGAUACACACAAGGGAAAGCCAGUGAAGACUGGGAGCCCUACAUUCAUUCGAGAGCUCCGGAGUAGAACAUUUGACAGCUCAGAUGAAGUGAUUCUGAAGCCCACUGGAAGUCAGCUUACCGUGGAAUUCCUGGAAGAGAAUAGCUUUAGUGUACCUAUCCUGGUCUUGAAGAAAGAUGGGUUAGGGAUGACAUUGCCUUCAUCAUCAUUCACUGUGAGGGAUGUGGAACAUUACGUUGGUUCUGACAAAGAGAUUGAUGUGAUUGAUGUGACCCGCCAGGCUGACUGCAAGAUGAAGCUCGGUGAUUUUGUGAAGUAUUAUUAUAGUGGGAAGAGGGAGAAAGUCCUCAAUGUCAUUAGUUUGGAAUUCUCUGAUACCAGGCUUUCAAACCUUGUGGAGACACCCAAGAUUGUUCGGAAGCUCUCAUGGGUGGAAAACUUGUGGCCAGAGGAGUGUGUUUUUGAGAGGCCUAGUGUGCAGAAGUACUGCCUCAUGAGUGUGCGGGAUAGCUAUACAGACUUUCACAUUGACUUUGGCGGCACCUCAGUCUGGUACCAUGUGCUCAAGGGUGAAAAGAUUUUCUACUUAAUCCGCCCAACCAAUGCCAACCUGACUCUCUUUGAGUGCUGGAGCAGUUCCUCUAAUCAGAAUGAGAUGUUCUUUGGGGACCAGGUGGAGAAAUGCUACAAGUGUUCGGUGAAGCAAGGACAGACGCUUUUCAUUCCUACAGGAUGGAUCCAUGCUGUGCUGACCCCUGUGGACUGCCUUGCCUUUGGAGGGAACUUCUUACACAGCCUUAAUAUAGAAAUGCAGCUCAAAGCCUAUGAGAUUGAGAAGCGACUGAGCACAGCAGACCUCUUCAAAUUCCCCAACUUUGAGACCAUCUGUUGGUAUGUGGGGAAACACAUCCUUGAUAUCUUUCGAGGUUUACGAGAGAACAGGAGACACCCUGCCUCGUACCUGGUCCAUGGUGGCAAAGCCCUGAACUUGGCCUUUAGAGCCUGGACAAGGAAAGAAGCUCUUCCAGACCAUGAAGAUGAGAUCCCAGAGACAGUGCGGACCGUACAACUCAUUAAAGAUCUGGCUAGGGAGAUUCGCCUGGUGGAAGAUAUCUUCCAACAGAACGUUGGGAAGACGAGCAGUAUCUUUGGGCUGCAGAGGAUCUUCCCAGCUGGCUCCAUUCCUUUAACCAGGCCAGCUCAUUGCACUUCAGUAUCCAUGUCCAGGCUGUCACUGCCCUCCAAAAGUGGUUCAAAGAAGAAAGGCCUGAAGCCCACGGACCUCUUCAAGAAGGCAGAGCGAAAGGGCAAGGAAAGCUCAGCUUUGGGGCCUGCAGGCCAAUUGAGCUAUAAUCUCAUGGACACAUACAAUCAUCAGGCACUGAAGACAGGCUCCUCCCAGAAAACAAAGUUCAACAUGACUGGUACCUGCUUGAGUGACUCAGACGACUCACCAGACUUGGACUUUGAUGGGAAUGAGAGCCCGCUGGCCCUAUUGAUGUCUAAUGGCAGUACCAAAAGGGUAAAGAACUUUUCCAAGUCUCGACGAACCAAAAUUGCAAAGAAGGCAGACAAGGCCAGACUGGUGACAGAACAGGUGAUGGAGGAAGAAUUUGACUUGGAUUCAGAAGAUGAACUGCAUAUCGAUGAGAGAUUGGGAAAGGAGAAGACAACCCUGAUAAUAAGAUCAAAAUUUCCUCGGAAAUUGCCCCGUGCAAAGCCUUGCUCUGACCCCAACAGAGUUCGUGAACCAGGAGAAGUUGAGUUUGACAUUGAGGAGGACUAUACAACAGAUGAGGACAUGGUGGAAGGGAUUGAAGAUAAGCUUGGGAAUGCUGGAGCUGGUGGAAUUCUUGAUCUGCUCAAGGCCAGCAGGCAGGUGGGGGGACCUGACUAUGCUGCUCUCACUGAGGCUCCUGCCUCUCCCAGCACUCAGGAGGCCAUCCAGGGCAUGCUGUGCAUGGCUAACCUGCAGUCUUCAUCGUCCUCACAAGCUACCUCCAGCCUACAGGCCUGGUGGACUGGGGGGCAGGACCGAAGCAGCGGGAGCUCCAGCAGUGGGCUGGGCACAGUGUCUAACAGUCCUGCUUUCCAGCGCACCCCAGGGAAGCGGCCCAUCAAACGGCCAGCAUACUGGAGAACCGAGAGCGAGGAGGAGGAGAAUGCCAGUCUGGAUGAACAGGACAGCUUGGGAGCAUGCUUCAAGGAUGCAGAGUAUAUCUAUCCAUCCCUGGAAUCUGAUGAUGAUGACCCUGCUUUAAAAUCUCGACACAAAAAAAAGAAGAAUUCAGAUGAUGCUCCAUGGAGUCCUAAAGCCCGUGUGACCCCAACCUUACCAAAGCAGGACCGCCCUGUACGUGAGGGAACCCGGGUAGCCUCCAUUGAAACAGGCUUGGCUGCAGCAGCUGCAAAGCUUGCCCAGCAGGAACUGCAGAAGACCCAGAAGAAGAAAUAUGUCAAGAAGAAACCUUUGCUGAAGGAGAUAGAAGAGCCUCGCCCUCAAGACUCCAAUCUCAACCUGGCAACACCAGCCCCAACUCUGGCCACUACCCCCCAGCUUUUCAACCCACUGCCUCCUCCUGAGCCUAAACAAGAGGCCCUCUCAGGAAGCCUUGCUGACCACGAGUAUACUGCUCGUCCCAAUGCCUUUGGCAUGGCCCAGGCAAACCGCAGCACCACACCUAUGGCCCCCGGUGUCUUCUUGACCCAGCGGCGCCCUUCAGUUGGCUCCCAGAGCAAUCAAUCAGGACAAGGAAAGCGUCCCAAAAAAGGCCUGGCCACAGCAAAGCAGAGACUCGGACGUAUCCUGAAAAUCCACAGAAAUGGCAAACUCCUUUUGUGAGCCCCCUGUGCACCACCCCCCGCCCCCACCCUUUCAACCCCAUUGCCUUCUCCAUUGUUGACUCUCGGGGCAUUCCUGGAUCCUAUCAGCCCCAGACAAGGUGCUGGGGUGCAUUGUCCUGCUUUCCUGGGACUGACCAAAGGCAUGGACUCCCCUACAAACGCCUCUAUGGACGCCUCCCAAUUCCCUUCCCCAUUUCCACAAAAGCAUCCUGCCUUUUCAAUACUCCUGAGUAGCAGGUAAUUGGAAGUAGUGUCUGGCUGACAAGAACCUCUUCUGCUGCUCCAACCCAUUUUCCUUUUACCUGCCUUGUCUGCCUUUUACUCUUGUUCCACCUAGAGCUGGAAGGCAGGAUGAAGAGAGCCUGAGACCUGCCAUAUUUCCCUGGUCAUGAAGUGGGAGGCCCAGCGCUUGACACUUUACAGCUCUAGCCCUGUCUCCAGAAGCCUGCACACUUCUGUCCACUCUUUUCUCAUCUUCCUCCCAAUCUGGUAAACAUGCCCCCCCCUCCUCACUUAUACCUGGGAGAAGUGUCUGGCCUCUGCUCCCUCAUGUCAGAUAUUUCAUGGGAAUGAGGAAGACUCUCCUUACUGCCCCAUGGCAGACCAUUUUCAGAGUUGUCAUAGAAAGGCCAUGGGCUGACUUCACUCAUUUUGGAGUAGAAAGAAAAAUCCUGUCACUUCUCAAAGUUGAGAGAGAACAGAUGCCCAUAACUUUGUAGUCUGUUAGAGGAAGCUGUGUUUGGGUGGCUAUAUGUGAAAGUCCUUUGUUCCAAGGUGAGCUCAUGGAUUUGCCUGGACUUUGAGGUUUCGCAGAACAUUAUCCACGUGGCUGUGGCUGGACCCCAGCAGGUGGAAAACCACCUUCCUGAAAGUACUGUCACUAAAGUAGAUAACGCUGGCCGUAUGACCUGCUACCUUCACCUAUAUCACACAACACAGCCUAGACCUUCUAGAGGGAGUGUAGCAGGACAGCGUACCCUAUACCCUCAUUGAGAACCUCUGUACUUUCUCCCCAUCUGAGGUCUUGGUCUGAAGACCUCUUCAUUCCUGGUCAUAUGCUCAAGCAAGGUGCAGAUGGAAUAGUCAAGAUCCCAAGCCUAGGAGAGGAGACACCCUUAUGUGAAGGAGCAGAUCAUCCAAUCCUCCCUUUUCCCCUAUCAUUCCCUCUAUGUAUCUUCUCCAUUGUUCCUGCCCCACCCCCACCCCCCACUCACCUCCAGCUCCCUGCCUCUUACCUAUUUUGCUUCACUGGAGAUCUGACUUGAUGGAGAAUGUUCCCAUCUUUCUAUUUUGCCUUUGCCCACAUGGAGUGUAUUUGUGCCCUCUAAUCUGCUCAAACCUCACUCCCAACUUGCCCAGUGCUUCUGGGGAAUUUAAUCAUGUAAGGCCACAGGGAAUAUACGAGGCUUUCCUUGUGUUCUUUGUGUUCCUAAUUUGUCUUUCUUUUCUCCACUAUUAUCCUUGGGAUCAGGGGUCCCUUAAAUUCAUUUGCUUUUCUUAUCUUGGGGACUGGAGGGCCUAAACAGUCCUCCAUCUAGUCACACCAAAGGCAAAACGCCUGGCUACCUCCCCCCAGCACAUGAAGUCCCCUACUCUCUUCCCCUCUGUGUUCACCCAGUUUUACUUAUGUAAGUGAUUUGAAGGCAACAGAGAGAAGAGAGUCCCUGUGAAGGCAUCUGCCUGACGAGGCCCUGACUGCCCCUGUGUUCACUAACACCCCUUUUGAUAUUUCAAAGGCAGCUAAUUGCUAGCAAAAUCUCCCUGGUUCCAGACGUCUUUCCCCUUGUUUCUUUGUUAAAACUUUCUGAGGAGCUAAAGCCCAACCUCCAUUUGAGUAGGUCUUAUAUAGUUUGGUUGGGUUCUCUGAGCUUCCUAUUUGUUGUUUUGUGUUGUUUCAAUGAAAAGCAAGUUUACCCUCAGAGUUAAUGCUUUUCCAAAGAGAUUAAUAGGCUUUUUUUUUUCUAUUUCAUGUUCUAUGUGUUUGAAGUGAGUUGGGGAGGGGUUUGAGAUGAUAGUAACCAAGAUUUAGAACAUGAUAAGAGAGUUACCUCUGGUCCCCACUCCCUAGCAGAGAGCUGGGGAUUGGAUAAGGGAUAGUUAGAGAGGAUUUCUAUUCAUCUUUAAUAUAUUUUUACAAAAAAGAAAAAAGCAAACAAUUUUAAAACAAGCCCACCACUUCUGUACAUGUCUAUAUUUUUAGAAGUGGAUAGAAUUGUGAAUUUCUGAUGCAGGACCUUUUUAUAAACAGGUUAGAAUAAGCAUCAUCCAGGUUUCUCUGUUGGGUCGGGUUUUUUGUUUUGUUUUGUUUCGUUUUUUGUUUACCCUGCUUUUUUCUUAUGUUGUGUUACUAAUGUAAUUUAUAUAUUUUUUUUAGACCCUCCCUUUCCUAUAGAGAUAAAAUGAUUUAUCUUGGCA